CGUCUGCAAGCGGACUCUUUGGGCACUGCAUGCUUGCACUCCGAUUACUUCGACAAACAUAAAGCUCGCAGCAGUCGCAGUCCUGCUUGUGUGUGCUGGGCACCUCGCCCUACUUGAAGAUGCCAAAGACUACCACCUGCUUACUACUCGUGCAAGUGUGGACUGUUUUGAGGCUACCUGCUGCAACGUGCGCGUCAGAUGGAUGCAAAGUUAAAGUCGAUGAACACUGCCAACAUUGAUGAGCAUGGUCGCCUGCAGUGUAUCGCCAGAACACUGCAGAACAGCACAACAUUUGAUGGGGUGCCAGAAAUCCCGUUACAGGAUUCCGGCACGACAGGACGCUGAGGAGGGAACCGAUGCUAGUGGUGACGACGUCGCAGGGGAGGCCUUGUUCCUGACACCCUUAAUCAAGGAAGGAAAACUGGAUGAAGCCAAGUCCAGGAGCAAAGUGGGCGCGCUCAGUGCUGAUAAAGAAGUACCUGGUUUCUCUGGUUAUAUAACCGUCAACCCGCAGUACAACAGCAACCUCUUCUGAGCGAUCCUGAGAAUGCCCCGGUAAUACUGUGGAUGCAAGGCGGACCGAGAACGACGUCCAUGCUAGGCUUCUUCGCUGAAAACGGGCCGUACAUACUGUCACCGGACGGUGCGGAAAUAAGGUACCGCGAGAUCAACUGGGCGUCCCGCUACUCGAUGCUCUACGUGGACCAGCCCGUAGGCACGGGCUUCAGCUUCACCGAGAACGAAGCUGGCUACGCGCGCAAUCAGACCGAUGUGGGACGUGACAUGCUGGAGUUUCUGCAGCAGUUCUUCACGCUUUUUGGAGAUCUGGCCCAGAACGGCCUUCACCUUUCCGGAGAGUCCUAUGCCGGCAAGUACGUUCCGACAGUGGGAGCAACAUUGCACCAGAAUGCCGACACUAUGCGGGUGAAAAUCAAAUUCAAGGGUAUCGCCUACGGCAAUGGCUUAACAGACCCAAUCAACAUGUUGCGUAUCGCCGAUUUCAUCUACCCGAUCGGCCUUAUGAGUCGAAGCGCUGCCGAAUACAUGUCGAGCGCCACUCUGGAGGCGGUGCAGCACAUCCAUGCAGGCAACACUGCUGCAGCCUUCAAGAUCAUGGAUAGGGUGUUCUACGGAAUCCUUACUAAGGAGGACACGUACUUCAAGAACGUCACUGGGUACAGUUACUACUACAACUACUUGAUUAACACCGAGCCCAAAGUCACCAGGGCGUACAAGGUCUUCUUGCCGAAGCCUCAAACCAGGCGCGCCCUGCACGUGGGCGACAAAAAAUUCAGCACUACGCGUGACGUCGUGGUCGGUCACUUCUACGAUGACUUCAUGCGCUCGGCCGUACCGCAGUUCACCGAGGUGCUUGAGAACGGCUACAAGGUUCUCGUCUACAGCGGUCCGCUCGAUAUCUGCGUGCCCACGAUCAUGACCGAGAACUUCCUCGCGCACGUAGCCUGGUCGCACGCAGAGGACUGGCGCCACGCUGUCCAACACCCGUGGCGGAGCGCCGACGGUGAGCAGCUGUACGGUUACAAGAGGACGUUCAAGAACCUCAACUACGUGGUGGUGUGCAAUGGCGGCCACGAGCUGCCACUCGACCAGCCCGAGGCCAUGCUGGAGCUUAUCACGGCCUUCGUAGAGGGCACAGAGCCAUUCACCGACGAGCCGAUGACCACGGUAGAGUAGGUGCCUGACAUCGUCCAACUCCACGCUGUUGAUGCUAUCGUGAUUUUUUCUUUUUUUUACCCUCCAUCGCACACAGCUUUACAGAGGGGAGUGGGGUACAAUAAAUAAUAAAUGAUAAACAAGAGCAAACACAGUAACAUCAAAAUAAUAAAGAUUACAAGACAUGUAAAUUUGAUGUUAGACAAUACACUGAAUGUAUGUGUAAGUACCAUCAGAAACAUAGGGGAAACAGAGUACAAUAAUAUAAAUGUACAAUAUACACUUCACGCGUCAUCACGUAAGUACUCCUGUAUUGUAGAAAAAAACAAGUCAUGAUUUGACAUGGAAAGCAUGUCCGAGGGAAGGUGGUUCCAGCCGUUGGAUGUGCGUGGGACGAAGGAAUGAUGGAAAGUGUUAGUGGGACAGCUAAUGACGCGUACCUUAUGUUGGUGAUCUAAACGAGCUGAGUAAUACGCAGGAGUGGAAAUCAACUGAGCUUUCAAAAAAAAAAAAAACGUCCGGGACAUGACGUUCAACUUCAAAAUCCAUGUAUGUUUUGAUAAAGGUGUACGUGGGUUUCGGUCACCUGUAGAGUAAUUUAUCGGCCUAGUGGUUAUAGGUUCACCCUCUUGGGAGGUCGUGCCACUGGCUGUAAUUCCACGACUAUUGCUGUACAAAAAUUUCCCAGAAGGCACCCGUAGAGAUGAUACCGGUGUAGUGUAGUAAGCAAAAAAAGCGCACGUAAUGGAAUGUACGUGUAACUUAGAAUGUAAAAGUUUAGACAAGUUGGCUGGUUAUCCUUAACCGAGAUAACCGAACGAAUCUACAUGUAAACAAAGUAAGCAAUGCACGUAUACUCCUGCCUUCUAUUUGCGUUGGCAAGAGUAUAUCAACAAGCUUCAGGCAUUAUCAAGAAUUGUAAGUUCCGUUCCCACUCACUAACUCAUCUUUUCCUGCUCUUUUAAUUCUACUUGUACUAGUUUUCCGGCAUCUGAAGGGUUUCAAUUUAAUGUAAAAGUUAAUUUCCACUAUGCUCAAUCGCUAAGGCUUUGUCAUUCAGACGCCAUGGUGGGGCUGUGCCGCAUCACAAAUAAAGUCACUUUCAGUGCAUCACUUGAUUUUCUAAUGACAUAUGGUGCUAGUGGUGCCCUAUGCUGUGCACCCAUCUCGCAGUAAGCUAUAUGCACGGCGUAAGAAUAGUUUAGGUGAGAGAACGCCACCGCUCUUCGCUUCGCGACAAAGUUCUGCUUCUCAAACCCCUGAGCAAAUGCCGCUAGCAACUUAUGUCCCGCCGGCGCAGCAGAGCCCGUAGAGCUCGGAGCCACCCUAGCUCAAGCUCGGUAAGUGAGAAGCCAGUUUGGCCUAGCUAUGGCACCGAAUGCAGCUUUUAUGAAGCAGAUCAUUUUUUAAAUAUGUCCUUUGACCUUUCUGCCUUAAAAAUCUUAUGAUUGAAUACAUUAAGCAUGCAGCAUUCAGGUUUAUGUAGCAAAGGCGAAGCAGCGCGUCUGUGGCAAUGUCCCAGUUGUCUGGCCGAUAUUUGCGGGAGUGACGGGAAGGUUCUCUAAAACUGCCUAUUACAUCAAGAAAUCUGCGCAAUAUUUACACCUUCGUCACAGUCGUAGGCGGUCAAGAGUACAUGCUGAGUUUCUUUUUAGCCGCUCGCGAGGGCCUUAUUAUGCGAUAACAUUAGCGUUGGCGGUAAGCGCGCAAGAAAUUUAGGAUAUCAAAGUAAUCCACAUACAAUGCUAGCUACAUCUUGGCCGAAAAAUCGGCUAAUGAGUUGCAAUAACCCAUUCAACACUUUUGCUCUGUGUAACUUCUCAUGUAUAUACAUGUUAGUAUUCGUUAAGACUUUUUCCUAUACUUCAUGACAUGGACACACACAUUUGCGUGGGUGAGAAUCCUAAAUUUUAUUUAUUUGGAUUAGAUCAGCAGUAAAAUUAUAAAUGAAACACUUUACAUACAAACACAAAACAAAGAGUACAUCACUGUACACCAUGAUCACAGUACACAUAAGCAUUAUUGCACACAUUACACAUUUGACUUCUCCUGAAUCAAUUAUACAAGUUUCGACAAUUUGCGCAAGUCUUGGUUUUUUUACAUGCUUAUUCUUUAGCUGCCUGCAGUGUUGCCGCAUGCGUAGGCACGCAUAAUAGUGUAAUAGCUUGGCAAGAUCGUCUUCUUUGUGAGCAGCACAUGGAAACGUGAAGUUGAAAUUUUCUAGCACUGCAUCUGUCGUGCGAUCAUAUACAUCUCUCUCACCAGCAUGUUUUGCGAAGUGCUCCUCAGCCUCUUUAAGCAGAAGAAAUAGAUACACAUUUGGAUGUGUGAGCCCCCUUGGUUUUGCAAUUUACUAAGUCGGCUUCUGGUAGCUUUAAAACACCUUUCUACCGAACCAGGGCCUCCUUACAAAUUGUACAGGAAGUUUGAGUGGCAAGCUUUCGCGACACAAAUCCAGUGACAUAAUAUACAAUGCAGUUCACGAUGGCGGCAUCAGAAUAAUCAUGCUGAAACACUUCAUCGCACUCCCACGUUUCCUCACUGAUGAGGCCAUCUAGUUUCUCCUUGAGGUCAUGCAUUUUAUUAGUGCGCUGGAAACGUGCAGACUGGAACACUUCUCAGAAAUCAUUCAGGGUGAGAAAAGCAGAUUAGUUUUUCUCAGAAACAACACAGUUACCAAACUUUGGUGGCUUGAGCAAAGAAUACAAGGAAAGCUUGCGGUAAAGCUGCAAACAUGUCGGAAAUGUUGGAUGCUCAAUUUGGCCACCUGCUUCUCUUAUAAUACCAAAAAAGCAUUCCAACGGAUCGUGGUUCAUUUUGGCUGACAGGACAUACUUGAAAUCGCACUCUUUCAGAAGAAAUGCUGACAGUUCCUGAACAGACUUAAGUGUAACACGCAGGCCUUCAGCAGUAGUCUGCGUUAAAAAAAGAUCUUUGUGAAUGUCACCCCUCACUACUUUCUGCUCACAGCUAUCAAGCCACCUAGAUGCUGCCUCUAGAACUUGAAAGUCUUUGCAUUCAAGGAUGAGGCCUUCUGCAACAAAGCGACGAUUGAGGGCAUCAAAAAUAUCAUUCAUUAGGAGCGUAAACUUCACAGUUGAUUCCACAUUCUCAAGCCGUGGUGUGCCUCUCCGUGCAUAGAAAUAAAUGCCCUUAGCAAGUGAGUUGCUAAAGAUUUGUGUGGCCAACUUCACUCGCAUUUUGAGCAUAUGUGAUAGAUUAACAUGCGAGUAAGUCAACUUUGGACACACCCUUAGCUCCGCGGCGUUUUUCGUGUCAGCAACAAAAAGUGCAUCAUAGCAUGACCAAUUCACAAUUUUCCCAUUUACUUUCAACAUUUUCUUAUCAUAAGGACUGUUUAUAAUACACUUGAACAAGUGAGGGGUAUCUGCCACUGCAUACACUUUUCUGGAUGGAUCUAGGGGAUGCUCGAAAGCAUUUACGACAUGUCCUAGAGCACCGCUUACCCCAAGCUGCUUCCAAAUGGCCCUAUUGGUAGAUGCACCGUCACAUACCACACAAUCAACAUAAACUCCUGCCUGCUCUAAAUGCACGAUGCACUGAAGCAACAGCUGUGCAAGAAGUGUACCCUUAGUUGCACCUUUUAAUGCAAAUACUGCCACUGGCUGUAAAUAGCUGUCAGCAAAACGGGCAAAAGCAAACACUAGACCAUGGUCAGCCAGCUCAUUGCUUUGUCCACCUUGGUCUCUAUAGUCAACAAGACCAGCAUAACUCUUGUUCUUCGAGUUUACAGUCAUCUCUUUCCUGACCUGCAUCUCAUCUAGAAUAAGCGUCCCUCUGCAUUGAAAGGGUGUCUUCUUUGCCAAUUUAUUCUAGAGAGCUUUGAAAAAGUUAUUAUCAAAACCACAUUUGAGCCCCACCAUGUUUAUAUAUCUUAUAAUGGUGGUUGUGCAUGGCAUCGACAAUAUGUUAUUGCUUCGUAAAAAUGCGUAAAAAGAGAGGCUCCUAAGCAAGAGGCAUAGGAAUAGCCAGUCAUCUGUAUAGCACCUGUUAUUCUUCGUAGUGCACUUAGCUGCAGAUAUACAUUCUUGCACAAGAAGAAGCUGCAUCGGUGGAAUAUCAAAAGCUUGGAGUGUCUUUUUGAUAUCCUCUUCUUGCAGUUUCAUUAUUUCAGCUUCACUUUCUUCCAGUCUUUUAGUAAUUAGCUGGUUGCGCUUGAUCUUGCGGUGGCGUAAAAAGCGAAAACUUUUUUUUGCACGACUUAUAGCCUGUGUUGCAGUAGGGUACAAAGCAUUUCCCCAUCGCGAAGCACACUAGUACACUGAACAACGAAAAACGUCGAAGUGCCAACUUACGCGAGCACGUUCAGAAAAACAAGCAACGACAUGUCCAGCGUGGAGUGAAGGGACAGCAAGAAUGCGGCGGGAAAGCAAGCGGCGGCGGUGGGUGGCUAGUUUAGCGCGCCCUCUCUGGAGAGGUUUUCUAACCAGAACAGCAUGCGCCUCUCCCCACGAUUCGUCCCCUACGCGCCGUUCUCUCACCUAAGCUAUUCUUCCACCGUGGCUAUAGGUAAGUCUACGUAACCAAGUUGCUAAGCCAGAGCGUCCUGGUAUCUUGUGUUCUGCUGACGUUAAAGCAUUCGUUACGUCAAUAUAAAAGAACGAACUUGUGUCCGAGUGAAAGCAACUCGAACGUAACCUUACCAAAUACAAAAAGUGUCAUCAAGCACAGAAACUAUUUAAUUGUUUAUUCCCGAGCAUUAUAGACUAUAGAGCCUGUUGCUCUCAUUGAUGAAAUAAACAAGUUAAAAUAUGUUCAGUUAUGUAUGUGCCUGAAGCUACAACCGCCGGCACAGAAGAUCACUUCUCGUGCGCACCGAAAACACGAGAUGUUAAGGUAAAUGAACAAAUGCGAGCCUGUACCGAACAACACCAAAAAGCGUGCAAAGUUGAUAUAUCGAACUUAUUGAGAAGUAAUGCAGGUCUUUUAUAGUUUAGGAACGUAUGCUGGCGAACACACUUAUUAGCUGAUGAAUUCUGUGUUAGAUAUAGAUAUGCGUGAUAUAAUCGACGUUUUUCUAAUUUUUCCCAGAGUGCUCAGCAGGUUAGACGAUUUUUCAUAGACAACUAAUGAGGCCGACUCCAACGGCUGAAUUUUUGCGACAUGAGCUCUCUAACGCUAUCGCGUUAAAACUGCAGACGCAAAGAAACAAUCGGCAAAGCGUAUGUAACACAAGAUUUUCAUACAAGUCAUAUAAAAAAGGCCACACAAAAGCAAAAUUAUCAAUGCUCGCACGAAGUUCCGCAUACAAUGCUCACGCAGCGUUGGGUCGAUAAAAGCGGUCCCUUCGCUGUGUCAUGGUACAUUAACUGUGGUUUCAGUUUUUAUUUUCGGUUAUUAUUCCCGUCGCGGCGAUAACAUCGUGAUGUCGAUCCUCGACCUCAUUAUUAGCAGUCCGAUGGCUCAUUAGAUAAGCUGCGACGAAACUUUGAGGAGCCCUGGAAACAUAUCGCAAGUUUCGGGUUCAAGGAACGUGCACGCUCGUUGCGGUUGCCGGGAAUCCUAAGGUUCGGUUGACCAGAGUGAAGUUUAUGUGAAUUGUCGCAUUUAUUGGCAUUCACAAGUAUUCACAUACAAAACUAUUCGAUACCCCUGUGAAGAUCUUCUGUUUUGUUUCUAUGUGUUUUCUCAGCCCUCAUUUUAUGAAUUUUAAAUCAGGCGAAGCACAGAACGUAAUUGAUUUGCCUUUGUAGCGCUUGCCUCUGCUCCUUCUCGCCCCUCGCUCUGCAAUAUUAGAAGUUGGAGCGCGCUCAGUUACCUCGCUCGGUUUGCGUGUCAUCCAGGGGGCGAAAGCUCCCUAUUCGCAAGUUUCGUAGGCUGCCACGCCGCCCCGUGGCCACCAGUGUAAUUUUUUCAAAGAGUAUCGGAGUAGCAGCGGGGCUGCGGUGCUCAUAGCAUGUGCUUGCAGUGAUGUUCCGUGCAGGGAAUUUGUCAUUUUUUGAAGAAUUUUCGUCUGUCAUUUGGCACCAAAAGGAAUCUCCGUGAUAUUGCAGGAAGCAGCAAUCCGAUCGCCCUUUAAAAUGCACUAAACAAGGACCUUAUCAGCAUUCACCAGUGGUGCUUGAUUAAUCAACUGCAAAUGAAUGUUACAAAAACAACAUUUGUGACAUUUUAUUUCCAACAGAAAUACCUGCUAUUCACCACACAAUACCUGCUUCUUAUAGCACUAGGCUUUUAGGCAUCAUCUUGGAUAAACAUCUGAAGUUCCAUGCUCAUGCGCAGUCUCUUCUUAAAAAGGUUUCUUUCGGUAUUCAUGUCAUUCUGAAAGCACGACCAUACCAUCCAUCACAUGUUAUUCUGUCUCUGUACUAGUCGUACACUCACAGCCACCUUUCAUAUUGCUUAUCACCUUGGGGAAACACGUACAACACACAUCUAGAUAAUCUACGACGCCUCCAAAACCAAGCGGUGCGGCUAAUGACGUUCAGUCCGUAUCUUUGUCGCUGCAUCUCUCUAUACGUUGAGCUAAACAUACUCCCCCUUAACGAAUCAUUUACUUUAAAGUUAGCAGUCAUCAUGUAUUGCCUUAUUCAUCACAAUGUGCGCAUAGAACGAUUCUGACCUGAAUUUUGACUAAUAAUGAUAGAACUCGGUUCUCUGUGCGUGAGAAUUUCCAUUUACCUAAAGCUCGCACAACACUGGGAAAAUGACUGCUAAGUUUGCUGGUGUGUUCGUUUGGAACUCGAUUCCUUCUGAAAAUAAACAACCUUUCACGACAAGCUCAUUUUGCCGAUUAACCAAAAUACACUUAAUCACUGAACUAACUAGAAUAUGGUAAAUAUAUGUGCAAUCAGGAAAUUGAAAUCGGUUCAUCUCUUUUUACUUUAUGUCUGUUUUGCACUGAUUUGAUGAAUUGCACGUUAUAUGUGUAAUAACAGUGUCGCUAUUCCUAUAGCGUAAUUGCAAUAUGUACGCCACCUCUAAAGUAAACGUAGUUUUGUGUAUGGUCUAGUUCAGCUCUUCUAAUUAUUGUAGGCUUGUUAUUUAUAUUCGUAUUUUUGAAAAUUGAGUAAAGUGUUUUCGUUCAUUUUGUUCACGCUACACGUUGUAUAUAGAACUGUCACAACGCCCAUUGUCUGCUGCAUAUUAUGCAUCAUCUUAUUCACAAAUGUUAGGAGGUCCCCCCCACAGUUUUUACUCUGGGACCUCCUCAUGUACUCCGCUUAUCUGUUCAUUUAUAUGCUUAUCCUUUAAUAAACUUCAACAAUAGUAUUACGAA